UGUGGUCCAGGGUCACAUAUUAGUUCAUUGCUGUGUAAAAGAGACAUGCAUGUAUCUGUUGUGACUGGUUCCACCUUAAGACAGUGUUAGGGAAAGGCCUAUUCAAAUUGCGUGUGCCAUGGAUCCGCCCAUAAUAGCCCUCCCCUUUUUCACAGAGAAAGUAUGUCAGUAGGACAGCGAGUCCACAUGGGCUUAGAACCAAGAUGAAUGAAGUGACACUCGGAAUCAACCAAUCACAGACGCAGCUGCUCAGGCAACAUCCAGUAGGCUGGCAGAAACAGAAGGGGGCGGGGUCUCUCCAUUAUUAGACUGAGCAUCCCUGAAUGGCGUGUUAGUGGAAUGUUUGCAGACGAAGGUUAUAUAACACAGAGAGCAGUAUGGGAGGGGCACCUGAGGGCUUACCGAUUUUUCCAUGGCAUGCCACUGUUUAUCUUGGUCAUUGCUUUCAGCUGACAGACGAACCAGAAAGACAAAAUGGAGGAUGUUUUUAUCUCAAAUUGAGAUUAUACCUUGUAAAAUCUGUGGUGACAAAUCCUCUGGAAUUCAUUAUGGAGUAAUCACGUGUGAAGGAUGCAAGGGUUUUUUCCGACGCAGCCAGCAGAACAAUGCCAUGUACUCAUGCUCGCGACAGAGAAACUGCAUGAUCGACCGAACCAAUAGAAACCGAUGCCAACACUGUCGCCUGCAGAAGUGCCUGGCGCUCGGCAUGAGUCGCGAUGCGGUGAAGUUUGGGCGCAUGUCAAAGAAACAGCGAGAUAGUCUGUAUGCAGAGGUGCAGCGGCACCAACAGCUGUCUCAGGACUGUCUGGCAGGUUUGGGGGGUGGUCUAGAACCGCACGGCCGCGAGGAAACGAGUGAAGACAGCGCGCACAGCCGGCCCUACAGCAGCGGUGAGUCCAGCGAUGCCCUCAGCGACCUGGAUGACAUCGCCACGCUGCCCGACGGUUUGCUUUUCGACCUACCGUUGACACCGGAGGAGGCGAGAGAAUACUGCGAUCUUGACAUACUAGGGGGCGGAACCGGGAGCGUGGGAAGCUCGUCCAGUCAGAGUUCGCCAGAGCCAAGCACUGUAGAUUUCACAGAAGCUGGUAAUGGGAAGCAUGAGUACAUGCUGUCUGAAAAUAGUCGACUUAUGCACUCUAUCUUGGGGUCUUUACCAGACAACUUCUCACUAAAUAAUAUAGAGCGGAUCACUCAAAAUGUCGUGAAGUCUCACCUGGAGACGUGUCAGUACAGCACAGAUGAGUUGAAGAAACUGACCUGGAACCUCUACACACCCGAAGAAACUCGCAGCUUUCAGCUCAAGUCCGCAGAAUGGAUGUGGCAACAUUGUGCCCUGCACCUCACGAACGCCAUCCAGUAUGUUGUGGAGUUUGCCAAGCGCAUCUCUGGGUUUAUGGACCUCUGUCAGAAUGACCAGAUUAUCCUGCUCAAAGCAGGAUGUUUGGAAGUGCUGCUGAUACGAAUGUGUCGCGCUUACAACUCUUCGAAUAACACUAUGUAUUUUGACGGAAAGUUUGCCAGCCCUCAGCUCUUUAAAGCUCUUGGGUGUGAUGACCUGGUAAACGCAGUCUUUGAACUGGCUAAAAACCUGAGCCGUCUGCAGUUGAGUGAAGAAGAAAUGGCUUUAUUCAGUGCUGCCGUCCUGCUGGCACCAGAUCGGCCGUGGUUGACAGAAUCUCAGAAGGUUCAGAAGCUUCAGGAAAAGGUUUACGUGGCCCUGCAGCACAGCUUGCACAUGAGCGGGGCCGCCACUGAGAAGCUGGACAAGAUGGUGUCUAAACUCCCACGGAUGAAGUCGAUCUGUAACCUGCACGUUGACAAGCUGGAGUUCUUCCGUCUGGUUCACCCAGAUACGGCUUAUAACUUCCCACCUUUGUACAGGGAAGUGUUCGGCAGCGAGAUCAACUUCCCUGACUCCACCAACAGUUAGAGAGAGAGAGAGAGAGAGAGAGAGAGAGAGAGCACUGUAGAAAGAGAGGAAACAAAAGAUCAUUACAUGUAAAAACAUAAAGGGGCCAACAAAGUAUUUUAGAUUCCAUGCUGACCUGCUGUCCAAUACAGAAAUUAUUAUUUUGAAAAAAAAAAAACAAGUAGACAGUAGGAUUAUUCCUGGGAUUGUGCCAUCUAAUCUAGCUGUUUUUAUUUUAUGGAAACACUCCUAAAUUAUCAUUUAUGUACAGAUGAACGAUUAUAAGGGUCCUUUGCAUGCUGAUGUAUAGGCAAUUCUGUAUAGUGUACACAAAAGGAUAAAGGAGUGUACAUGGUGAUUUUUGGAUUAAAUGCCUUUCAUUCCAUUGACUUCCAUGUAAUCGCGUGCGUUGCAUCUCGCUGCGUUCAAAAGUUCAAUUUUGUUGAACUCUGAUCUGCGAAUUCUUUACCAGUAACAAGUAGGAGAUCUUGGAAAUCCAAGAUGGAGGAAACAUGAAUAGUAGCGAUGUCGCACAAUCCCCUCUUGUUCAACACUGAUUUGAAAGAUUAUAUAUUUUAACAUUUAAACAAAUAUUUUCUUUCAAUAUAAAUUCGCUUGUUAAAACGACGACUUGCAUGAUGUCAUAUCCUGUUUUUCAGGGGUUUUAUGCUGAAAGUCUAGUGUGACCGCUGCAAACCUUUCUUCCACAUACUGUAGAUCAUAAACCUUCUGGAGAGCACAACACCCUUUAAAUGAAGUGUUUAAAACAAAAGUCACCUCACCUAAUCGCUCUUUUAGUGUACAUAUCACUCCUGUCUCCAAUUGUUGUUUCACCCUCAGACGAAUCAUGAAUGUAUCCCACAGGCUAUAGCACUUAUUUUGUUUUGAGACAGAAUGUAGAUGUUGCACUUUUGGUCCGAAGUUACGCUUUAAAAAACUUUGACAAUCUACUAUCUAAAAAAAAAAAAAAUCCCAGGUAUUCAGUAAAAAUCAAGGACCAAAACUUUAUCACUGCUGAGUUUGAUAUUAGUUAGAUGCUCUGUUGGCCAUGUUUUAAAAUACAAAAAUGCACGGACAAAUCUCCAUUUUAUAGUGGACAAAUGGUUGCCCAAAAACUGCCAUUGUAAAUGCGUCAUCAUAUAUUUUUAAAUAUUUUCAUUUGUUUGUCUGUUUUUUACAAACUGAGAGCCGUUUUGGUUAUUUUUUAUAGUAGUUGACAGCUUCACUUGUAUUUAACUUGGAAUAUUUGGAUUAACUUAACUAUUAUUUAAUAUGCAAUCACUUUUUCUUUGAACAAUUAACCUGGUAAUUAUUACUACUAAUGUGUAGUCAUUGCCAAACGUUUGUUUUUACGAUAAAGAAAUGAAAACCAAAUGCACAAAAUCAUCACUUUCACAUUUGUUUAAAUCGAUGAAUACCUCAAUCUCUUUUAGUGUAAUAAUCUGACGUUUAUGAAAACAAACUGUGUCAUGACUGUAAAGUUUUGGUGAACACAGUAUUUAAAGCGGUUAUUCCACCCCGUACGUACACGUUUGCUCAGGCACAUUUUGACAGUGUUUGGUGCUGCUCCUUGUUAUAAAUUUUUUAGAUUUAUUUUAUUUUUUUAUCGAUUCAAUGUAAUGAGAAACCUCAGUCCCAUGACCCUCUCCCUUGUAAAUGCCACUUUUAAAAAAGCAACUUUCAUUUAAUUUAUAUGAUCAUUUUAAAAUAGGAAUGUAUAUAAAUUAGCAUAUUUAGAAGAGAGAGAAAGAGAGAGAGAUGUAAAGGUGGAGCAGGUUUACUGGAAAUGGGAAUGUUAAAGGAGGAUCAAACCAGGACUAUUACCAGCUGGCUAAAUCAUACCAGAGAGGUAAAAAAAACUUUGCUUUGGACGGACUUCCACACACUUUGUUGCGGCUGGACAUUGCAACCUGGUCUCCAGAGGUAUCCGUUCUGGUCGAAAUUGGGUUUUCUGGAUAAAAACAAUGUUUUCUGGGACAACCACCAGUCCUCCAGUAGGAUCACCUGGUGGCGUUCAAGCUUUAGAUGUACGUUUUCACACACAAAAGACAGUCGGAUAUUCAGAAUGUCAAUGGGAUAUCUCUGUCCGUCAAAGGUUACAGAUACGUAUAAACAGCAUGAACAUGAAGUUAUACUGUGGCUGCAUUGAAAAUGACAGUGAUUUCUGUUGUAUUAUUUUGUAAAUUGUUGAUCACCUCUCCCUAUGUCAAUUUUUGUGGUCGAGAUCUCGUCCUUCCUUUGUUACCUGCAUGUCCACGCAGUUUUGACUGAGGUCUUAGCUAUUCCUCUGAAUCAUGGUUCACAAUAUUGUUUAUACUAGUACUACUAUAUAUACUGUGCAAUGGUUUUAGGCAAUUCUCAAAUGAAUGAGUGAUCAUACAAUCUACACAAAAGACAAAAUUAAAUGAUUUUGUGUUCAAUGCUCAAGGAAAGAAUGAAAGUCGGUCAUAUUUCUAUCUGGCCAGCCAUGUUCAGGAAACUUCAAUGAAACGUGUGGUUCAUAAAUAUGGGAAUUCUGUCUAUGUAAUGUAUUUUGAAACGUGUUGUUUUGACAACCCCAACCUCUAGGCCUUUGAUGCAUGCCUUUCUGUCAAAGAAAUUGUGUUGUCUCAUCAGUCACUUUGUACAACAGUAUAUGUGGUUCCACGUUUAUUUCGUUUUUUUCGGUAGAACUGUGUCUAUCACAAAAAAUAGUUAUUCUCAGGUUGACAGCUGGUCUCUGUCUCAGCCAGUAUUUUCUGCCGACUAUAUUACACACACAUACACUGUCGUAUACCCCCCCAAAUACGCACCCAUACACAUGUUGCACCGAAUAGGAGACCUGUAUUCUCGAUCACUGUGUCCUGUAGCUAUAUUUAAGAAAAUAUAUAUAUAUAUUUUUGUGAAUGUCAAUCACAAAGUGUCAAAGACCUUUCCUGUUUCUGCUAAUGUACUUUAACAGGUUCUUUCAGCUUGAAUUGUAUAAGACAUAGAAUAUGAAAGAAAAUGAAAUAAAAUCAAUAAAAACUAAAGAUGGAUUUUAUUCUUUUAAAAUGAA